GCUACAUUCCAGGUGAUUCCUCCACAUUUGUGAGUUCUUGAGACGGGCGUGGACAUGGGGCCGGAACGUUUGUUGCGAAUUAAUGUUGUUGCAGGGAAGCAAAGCAGGGUAUGUUCCAAAAAAAUGCCACAAGUAAAUGAAGAAAGUGAGGAGCGAGGGCUAACUGAAGAGGGCCUUAUUCCACCAGGUCAUAAGCAGCAGUUAUUCUGUGAGGACUGCCAGGAGUUUUUUGAAGAUAGAUGUCCAGUGCAUGGCCUGCCAUCUUUUAUAAAAGAUACGCCUGUGGAGUUUGGGUGGCCCUGCCGAGCCUUCUACACACUCCCUCCUGGUCUGGCAGCAGGGCCUUCCCAGACUCAGAAGAAAAAGCUGGGCAUCUGGUGUGUUUCUAAGGCACUUCCCAGAGGUGUUUUCUUUGGACCACUCGAAGGAAAACUAGAAUGUGAUGAUGUAAAUGGAAUACCAUGUUUCAUUUCAAAGGAGUUUAGAGAAAAUGGUGACAAAGUAGAAUUACCAGAAUUACAGAGGGUCAACCAGUCAUUCUCAAACUGGAUGAGAUAUGCAAACAAGGCGAAAACAAAAGCAGAAAGCAAUGCAGUCAUUUUCCAGUUUUAUGGAAAAAUCUAUUACAGGGUUUCUAAGACUAUUGAACUGGGCCAAGAACUUCUCCUAUGGCCAGAGGAGAAUCAAGUUCAAGUCACACACAAAAUAAAAAAUGCACAUACGGACAAGGAGACAGUUGAAGUUCUCACAGAUAAAUGCGAUGUCCUGAAUGAAGAGCCCAAGGAUAGUACAUCAUCACAUGCUGAUGACAUGCCAGCCGGGUCUCCUCUGUCCAUGCCACUGUGCACCAAAUCACUGAUAGCUGAAAAACAGCCAGAAAGCGAGAACAUAGUUAAAAUAGAUCAGCCAGUUAAGAGAUCACAGAGGCUUCAGUUCAAACACAAAGCUCAGAAUACAUCAUCAGAGAAGAGAGUGAGCUGGGUUGCUUCGAGACGACAAUCAAAAUCGAAUGGGGCCAAUAACAGUGAGGAAGUGCAGUCCCCAGCUCCUGUCUCCAAACAGGGUAAUAAUACUAAGAAACAGCAUGACCCUGAAAAUGACAAAUUGGCACAAGACGCUGGAGAAAUCAAGUCCAAAAGACAGAAUAAAAUUAAUCAGUGUGAACUUGGCGAGAGGACCUUGAGGUCAUCGAUGUGCAGCAAGGGUCUUGGAACCUCUGCAGCUGGGAAAGCUCAAAAGCACACUGGACUCCAUUCACAGUUGCUGAACCAGCAGCUACCAAAACAGGGCACUAGAAAGAAAGCAAUGUUGAGAGACAACCAGGAAAAUCUUAAAGAAGCAAAAGAGAAAUGCUGCUCUCAAAACACAGAAGUCAAAUCUUCAGGGAAUCAUGGAGCAAAAGAGAAAUCAGAGAGUGAUUUGGCCACGCCACGCAAAGAGAGAGAGGGGCUCAAGCAUCCUGCUGAAAAUGGAGAACAACUUCAAGCUAUUGGCAAACGUAAGCCAAAACCCAAAUCCGGGAGCAGGAGCAAGUUCUGCCGGCGUGACAGUUCCCAGAUUGACCCCAGUGAGAGGAGGUACAGGUGUGACGACUGUGGAAAGGGUUUCAUCCAGUUGUGCCACCUGAAGAAGCAUCGGUUCACUCACACCGGACACAAACCUUACCUGUGCACAGAGUGUGGGAAGAGCUACAGCUCGGAGGAGAGUUUCAGAGCCCACCAGAUGCUGCAUAGGGGUGAGCGGCCAUUCAAAUGUCAGCAAUGUGACAAGGCGUAUGCGUUGAAGCGGGAUCUGCGAGAACAUGAGCGGGUGCAUUCUGGCGAACGUCCAUUCGUAUGCAAUGAAUGUGGAAAGGCAUUUGCCAGGCCACCAUCCCUCCGGAUUCACAAGAAGCUGCACCGCCUAAAGGCCAUGAACCUCGGUAACCCAAAAGCUUGCCGCUGCAGUGUGUGUGAUAAAGAGCUGGCCAACCCAGGCUCGCUGAAGAACCACAUGAGGUUACACACAGGUGAAAAACCGUUCACUUGCACCUACUGUGGCAAAGCCUUCAGGCAGAUUGGCAAUCUUCGGGGCCACCAACGAAUCCACACUGGGGAGAAACCAUAUAAAUGUGAGGAUUGUGGAGAGUUCUUCUCUCAGUUGCCCGAAUUGCGGAGGCACCGGAUUUCACACACUGGGGAGGUCUAUCUCUGUACAAUAUGUGGUAAAACAUUAAGGGAUCCACACACUUUUAGAGCUCACGAACGCUUGCACACUGGAGAGAGACCCUUUAAGUGUAACGAAUGUGGGAAGGCAUAUACCCUUGCUACUAAGCUUCGCAGACACCAGAGAAUUCACUUGACUGAAAAACCAUUUAAAUGUGAUGUAUGUGGAAAAGGGUACACCAUGACCCAAAGUUUAAAGAGACACCGGGCAUCCCACAAGAAAAGUGAUACACGGAGUUUAGGAGAGGUUGCAGAAGCUAUUGCCUCUUUGGAAAAAGAAAGCCCUGGAAACAAAACUAUUGCUUCUACUCCAAAGCAGGUUAAGAAAGAUGGCUUAAACACUAUCAACCAAGAGACUGUUGAUUCAGGUGAAAAUGAAAGUGUUGUUUUAAACCUUUAUGUGCACACCAUUGAAAUGGUAGAAAUCCCAAAUACAGAACACAAGGAGAAUGCAAUACCAAGCCUUGAAAACCAGAACUCUGGUGAAUCCACUGUUACAUUCCAGCAGGUGAACAGCACUGAAGGAGUGGAUAGAGACCCCCCUCAAGAUGUUGUUGCACAGGCAUUGGUAGGAAGUCAGCAAUCUUUCAAUGAAGAUAUAAUAGAAAUAAUUAUUCCAGACACUGAGGAUUAUGGAGAAAGAGUCACUACCAGAAACUGUGUUACAGUAGAGCAGGAGAAAUUGGCCAGUAACACUGUGGUUAUUGAGGAAGAUAUUGGAUUUAAUUCUGUUGCUGAGAUUAUAGAGAUAUCAACUGGCAGUUGAAUUCCAAUACCAUUGUUUUUGUUAGUAUUUCUGACUUUGUAUUAAAAUUUGUGAAUGAUAUGUUAAUUUUUUGGAUUUAUUUCACGAUGUAUGACUCAUUUGCCCAGAAAUACCCAUGUCUACGUUGAUAUGACAGUGGAAGUUGCACCUUUGCACUCAACUCCCGUUGAUGGCUUUGCGGGUGCAAUUACUUAAAUCCUUUUUUAAUAUAUGAAUCACCUUUUUUCCAAUGGAUUUACUUAUUAUCCAAUUUAAAAGUUGAGAAUUGUGCUUAAUAAUGAGCAUGUGGAAGAACAGAUUCAGAAUGUUGUUAGUGGGGUUUAAUCAAAACUUUACCCGUCUGGGAUUUCUGGAGUAUCUAUAAAUGUUCAGUGCAUAGCCAAGAGUUAAAAGCAAAAUGUUGCAAAACAGUCAGAAAUAGCUAGUUUAGCUGAAUGAGGCCAGCUGUCAGGGUCAAUGCAAGAAAAGUCAAACACCAAAGGGAGCUCUAAUUCACACUGCAUGAGAAAGAGAGUGCAAAUUGGUUGGUAAAUGGACUCUGGUCAAGGCAUUGUCAUGUUUCCUCGUGCAUUCCACAAGUGACCCCAUGCUUUUUGUUUAAUUGAACAAUGUGCAAGACCUAGACAUGUUGUUUAUGUUUGCAGAGGAUAGACUCUCUAUGAAUAUAUAUAUAUGCAAGCCCAAUUGAUAAACUUAAAUUAGUUAGUGUAAUUUUCACACACUGUUCAUUGUUGAGUCAUGCUAGUCAAUUGUGGGCUAACAUUUAAUGUAGGACCCACUGUCUAAAUUUUGUAACUCAAUUUUUUGUAAUGGCUGUAUCCUGUUGGUAAAGAUACUAUUUGUGCACUGUGAAUUGUUGCUUCCUGCUGAGAUUUGGUAUUCUUGCUAAGUUCAAGUUAACCUUCAACAUCAUGUCUCCUUUUUUUAAGCAAUAAUCAAGUUCUGUAUUAUCAAGCAACUAAGUACCUCGUUGUUAAGUAUAAUAAAUGCUGGAGUUAUUUCUUCGUUAUGACCUAAAAAUAAUUGGUCUAUGCUUGUAUCAGAUGCAUCACAAUUGUUAAUAGUUCAGUGUGAAAAUCAUUGUUGUUUGUAAGGUAUGUAUGUAUUGGUUAACAAGAUGUGGAGCUGGAUGGACACAGCAGGCCAGGCAGCAUCAGAGGAGCAGGAAAGCUGACGUUUCAGGACUGGAUGCUGCCUGGCCUGCUGUGUUCAUCCAGUUCCACACCUUGUUAUCUCAGACUCCAGCAUUGGCAGUUCCUACUAUCUAAUGUAUGUAUUGGUCAUCUGUUUCUUCCAUGACACUGACAAAAGCUGAAUUGCUGUAGCCCCAAAAGUACUCCACAAUGUAGAUUUGUUAAACUGAGCUGCUGAAAUGAUUCCAAAGUGCAAUCUCCUAUGAUUCAGGUAACAACAAUCAGUUAAUUUUAAUUAAUUCAUUCAAUUAUUUCUACCACUGAACUAGUAAUGCAGAAGACUCUGACAAAUGAUCAGAGGAAGUGAGUUCCAAACCAACAAGGCAGUUUGCAAGUUUUGAAAUCAGGUCAAAUGUUAAGGAAAUAAAACGUGGUAUCAAUAAAAGAGGCAGUAUUGUCUUAAAAAUCAA